AUGGCGAGCAGUCCUCCCGGCGCUGCGACCUCGCCGCCCCCGACUGGCCCGCAGCUCGCCCUUCCCAAGAAGCGCCCCUCCACCCACCCUCUGCGCCAGACUUCCUUCCCACCGCCAGACCGUCCAGCACGUGAAUAUAGUCCCGACACGCAAGCCUCGCAAGCCGCCUACUCGCCCGUCUCUCGCCGCAGCGAUAGUCUCGACAUUGACGAUGAGAUCAACAGCGUCGUGAGCGGCCGCACCAGCACCACUACCAACAAGAAAGACCGCGCCAACAAGACCAAGAAGGUCGGUAAGGUCGGUCGUCCGCCAAAGAACCGCGCCGACACGGCUAGCCUCAUCGACGGCGACGCCGGUCGCAAGGCCUCCUCAACCCAACCUGGCAACAACGACGAUGGUCCUGGGGAUGACGCCAACAGUGAAGACGACGAAGACGGCGGCGACGACGUCAACACCCUCGAAGGCGGCAAACUCACAAAAGCCGCCAUGGACGCAGAGAAAGAGCGCAAGGCCAUGUUUAGCACACACAUCCACCCCGCUCAUGCCGAAAUCUACGAAACCUGGAAUCGCAUACAUCUGAAAAAGGAGGUCGUCCGUCGACUCGCCAACCAAACCCUGUCGCAAUCCGUGCCCGCCAGCGUCGUCACCACCAUAAACUCAUACACCAAAAUCUUUGUCGGAGAGAUUGUCGAUCGCGCAAGAGAGGUCCAGAAGGAGUGGCUCGCUGCUGCCGAAACACUACCCACAGGCGACAAGAACGAGCAAGCUUUCGGCAAAGAUGGGGAGGGCGAACCAAGGGUCAGUGAGCGCGAUAGAGGUCCGCUGCUACCUGACCAUCUGCGUGAAGCACUCCGAAGAUACAAGCACGACAGAUCUGGAGGUGCUGUCGGCUUUACUGGCAUCAGUCUGGAAGGUAGAGAAUCUGCUGCUGUGAGAAACGGCGGUAGAAAGCUGUUUAGAUGA